AUCAUGUCUGGACGUGGCAAGCAGGGCGGCAAGGCUCGCGCCAAGGCCAAGACUCGCUCUUCUCGCGCUGGGCUCCAGUUUCCCGUGGGCAGAGUGCAUCGCCUGCUCCGCAAGGGGAACUACUCCGAGCGGGUUGGGGCCGGAGCUCCCGUGUACCUGGCGGCGGUGCUGGAGUACCUGACCGCGGAGAUCCUGGAGCUGGCGGGCAACGCGGCCCGCGACAACAAGAAGACGCGCAUCAUCCCGCGCCACCUGCAGCUGGCCAUCCGCAACGACGAGGAGCUCAACAAGCUGCUGGGCAAAGUGACCAUCGCUCAAGGUGGAGUCUUGCCUAAUAUCCAGGCUGUGCUUCUGCCCAAGAAGACUGAGAGCCACCAUAAGGCCAAGGGCAAGUAAAAGUCGGGAUUGUUCUGCAGCAAGUCGUACCUCUCAUCCAAACCAAAGGCUCUUUUCAG